GAGAACGGGUGCCCAGAGGACCAAUCUGUUCAGAUCCACAACUCCAGCCAUCCCAGGGAGUUCAGGAUGAGCCUUGAGGCCUUCAAGUUCAUCGGUUUGUACGACCAGGUGUACAUCAGCUGCUCAGUCCUGAUGUGCGAGGCAGGAGACCCCAGCACCAGGUGUGCACAGGGAUGCAUCCCCAAGUCUAGCCAUGGCAGGCGAAAGAGAGCAGUCGUCACCCAGAGCUCGGCCCACAUGGUUUCCCAGGGUCCUCUGCGUUUGAGGAGAUCAGCAGAGCGUGCAGACAGCCCAGCGAUGAACCUGAACCUGAACCUGAUUUUCAUCGCUGGAUGUCUUCUUGCAGCCGUUGGCAUGAUCAGUGGAGUGGUCCUUUAUAAAGCCAGGACAACCAAGGUCAAAUACCAGCCUCUGUCCACGUUUGAGAGUUAAGAUGAGCAGAAGGUUAUCACACUUUGGGUUUAGGUCUGUUAAGGGAUACUGGGUGGUGUGUGUUUUAUGAAGUCCACAUUUAAAUGAAGGAAUUAAUAUUGACUUAUAGAUUUGUUUACAUGUAUAGAAUCAAAAGGAUGGGGGGGUUGUGAGAGAUGUGCAAAUGGACCCCUUUACUGUUUAUUUAGGGAUGCGUGUGCAUUUUGGCAACAGAAGUUUAAUGGAGAACGGUUGUUUGUCAAGCUACGAAUAUGAGUUAACGACCCCCAAAUUGCAAUUGUGUACACCAGAGAGUAAGCUGAGUAAAAGGGAAACGUUUAAUACAACUCGACACUGACAUGAUCCUCCAGCACUGCAGCUGCUGGGCGAUCAUUCAGAUGCUUGUUUUUUUAGUUUUUUUUUACUGUUUUGGGAUAUCACGUUAUUUCACACGUGCUUCAGGCCAUGUGGAAUCAUAUGACUUAAUGUAAAUAUCAUGACACUGUUUAAAAUGAUGCAAUGAUGUUCCCAUGUUACGAGUUCUAACACGACACAGAAUAAUCCAACAGAAAAUCUAUUAUCACGUGAUGCAAUCAAUCGUUAACAUUGAAGGGUGCAAUAUGAUACAAAACGAUGCAGUAAAAUCCAACAUGAUGUACCUCUCGGCUCGGCCUGAGGAGGGGCACUGUGAACACAUUCACAUUUCUGUUUUCACUCUUCUGGCUUUUCAUUUUUAUACACUUCAAUAACGAUGUUGAAUCACGCUGAGACGAUUGGAAGGUCUGCACCCAGCUGAAACAUGACCUGUGUUUUGUAUUUACCUGUACCAUGCUGAGAACCGUAUAUUACUUUGUUACAAUCACUUUAUGGAAAAAUAAAAGAUUUCACAUUUA